GAGUGCUGUGCGCUUGUGGACGGACAGGUCUCACUAUAAAACAUGAAAUAGGUUCAGGUGCGUUGCUUUCAAGUGAACCAUUCCGUCAAUUUAUUCCGCUACUAAUCAAUCAAUCUCACUAACAAAUAGAACAAAUAUAAUAUCUGUGGAAGGAGAAAAACAACGCACUUCAGGUUCAUAGGAGAACAUUUUAAAACAAUUGGUUAAAGCUAGACGUGCAAACUAAUAACUGGCGGCCUUAUUAUAUUUCUUAAACCGCACUUAUUAGAAAUAUUGAACAUUGGGGAACUUCACACAAAACAAUUUCUUGGGAGAGUUCAACGCUCUUGACUCGAACCGAUGACCGAGGCUACUUCUUUAAAGGGGCUUUGGAAGUGAAGCUCCAAUCAAACUUGGCACUUCAGGACUGUUGCAGAAGAGAGCUUUAAGCUUUCAGAAAGAAUUUCCUUUUGAAGAAAAGGGCGAUUUGACCAAGAGCACCAAGGAUAUAGAUGUUCAUCUUUUGGCAGUCCUUCCUAAAGUUUCAGAAUUGAGGAAGAGGUUUGAGAACAGCUCAGGCGAUUUGGAAAUGAACAGGAAGGAGAGGAUCGCCCGCCGCCUGGAGGGCAUCGAGGGCGAUGUGCAGCCCGCCCUGCUGCCCACCUGCGCUGGCCUGGUCACCAACCGGCUGCUGGAGGAGGACACUCCGCGAUACACGCGCGCGUCUGACCCCUGCGACCCCUGCGCGGUCCCAGGCCGUCAGUACGGCAGGGAGGACGCGGAGAGCCCGGAGAUCCAGGCGGCUUCCACGGAGCGGCAGUCCCGCGCGCGGUGCCGCACCGAGCCGCAGGCCUUCCACGGCGACCCCGCGUACGGCGCCGACGCGGCGGGCCUGGAGUCCAAGGCGGAGCGGAUCGCCCGCUACAAGGCGGAGCGCCGCCGGCAGCUAGCCGAGCGCUACGGCAUCUCCCUGGACCAGGAAGGGGACUGCGCGUAUCGCCACGCCCGAGCGCACCGGGAGCCGGACCCGUCGGAGAGGCACCGGGGGCAGGAGGAGGAGGAGGACCGGCGGGGGGAGGACCUCGCCCGGGAGACGCGGGACGGCUUCUCCGAGCGCGAGAGGCUGCUGAACCUGGAGAACUUCAGGCGGGCCCAGGACCGGGGCCUCAGAGCCAGCCCCCCCGACCAGCCGUCCUACAUGGACGUCUCCGCCUACGCCAGAACGCCGGCCAAGGACUUCGCCGUCGCCGGGGUGCCGCACUACUCCCCCGAGGCGGGGCGCCGGUCCUCCCUGCCCUCCCCGAAACACGCCGCUUCUGCCGGGGACCUGUUCAUUGAGCAGCAGGCCCACAGCGUCCUGCACAGACAGGGCCCUGACUGGUUCCUCCGGACAGACUCUGAAGGCGACACACACUCCCUUAUCAACUGGCCCUCCAGAAUCAAAGUUAGAGAGAGGCUGGCUAAAGAGGAGGGCGUGCGGAGGAGUCCUGAUCUGGUGUCGGACUCGUCGGCGCCCAGAAGGCACGCGUACGCCCCUCGAGCUGACCCUCCCGCCCACGGGCGCCCACGGCUCGCCACCCCACCGCACGACGACCCGUCGGAGACGGCGGGGGGCCCGGGGGGCCCGGGGGACGAGGACUGCCAGAGCUACCUCUCCAUGCCGACCGUCUCCGAGGCGAGGAGGGGGGGCGGCGGUGCGCGGUGGGAGGAGCCGGAGCCGGAGGGGCGGGGCGGGGCGGACGACGCCCCCCCGGCGGGCAGGACGGAGGGCCUGCUGAGGAGCAGGAAGGCGGUGCUCCCGUCCGAAAUCCGGCGCCGGGAGAAGAGCCAGGACGGGCGAGUCUGGACCCCGCCCGAGGACGAGCCCCCCGCGGGCAGCGGGACGCGGCAGGGCCGGGCGAGGGAGGCCCCGCAGCGGAGAGACGCCGUCCCGCAUCACCAGAGGAGCGGAGAGGUGGCCGCCGCCAGGCUGAAGCUGCUGGCCCGCUCCGCGUCCGACUGCGGGGCGCCUCAGCCGGCCACUCCCCUCAAAAUCGCUGAACCAGGGCCGGACGCCGCCGCCGCCGCCGAGUUCCACGCCUGCGAGGGAGGCGUGGCCAACGGCGAGCUCGGCCCUCUGGACACCAAGGUCUCCGUGGCCCGGCUCCGCCACUCCUACCUGGAGAGCGCCAGCGCCACCCAGAGGCCAGAACUGGAGGCUAUAGUAGAUCCGGCCGCAUCAGGUUUCGAUGCAUCCGAGAAGCCCCAGUGGGACAGGGGCGCUCGGAGGCCGAGGCGCUAUAUCUCUCCCGGGGAAGGUAGAAAGACCUCGGACAGGUUUAGGACGCAGCCCGUCACCUCCGCAGAGCGCCGGGAGUCCGAUAGGUCCUGCUUGAGUCCUGUGCUCCCGACCGAAGCGGAUGAAGAGAAGCUGGAUGAGAGAGCCAAGCUCAGUGUGGCAGCCAAGAGGUCCCUCUUCAGGGAGCUGGAGAAGACCACCUCUGUGGGAGCCCCUAAACCUCGCUCCCGUAACGCGGCUGUGGAGAGGCGGCUCAGGCGCACCCAGGACCGCUCCCGCACCCAGCCCGUCACCACCGAGGAGGUGGUCAUCGCCGCCACAGCCCCCUCCUCGUCCUCGCGCGCGGGGGCGGCCCUCACGGCGGCGUCGCGCCUCCCUAGCCCCGCUGUAGUCAGCAGCGCCCUGUCGCCGCUCAGUCUGCAGGCCACUUCCCAGCAUGCAUCAGUAGCUCGGGAGAAGGCCCGCGAGGCCCGGGAAGCCCAGGAGGCCCGGGAGGCGCAGCAGGGGCGGAGUUCCCUCGUCCCGUCCGAGGAGGGCCAGGAGGAGCCUGACCUCUGCACCCUCAGCUUGGCCGAAAAGAUGGCGCUCUUCAACCGCCUGGCGCAGCCCCCCACCAAGGUGACCCGGACCCGGGCGGACACCCGGCAGCGCAGGAACAACGCCCGCUACCAGACCCAGCCCAUCACCCUGGGAGAGGUGGAGCAGGAACCGAAACCCACAGGUCUCUCUGAGCUGACAAACGGCACUGUAGAGCAUCUGACGAGAGGUUAUUACCUUGAGCAACUGCAGCACGGAGGAGGACACAAGUUUGGGCUCCUCUCCGCGGCAGCGGCGACGCCCAGCUCCUCUGCGGUGACCACGGUCUCCACGGCCCACGCCGGAGACAUACACCUGGGCCGGUCUACGGUCCUGAUGGACGCCACCCCGCAGUCCAGCCCCCUUUACUACGAGAGGGCCACGCCCAAGCACCACAGCUCCACCCCCAGCCCGGACGGGGGCGCGAAGGGCUCCCCGCUUCCCCCAGAGCAGCUCCAGUACGCCGCCCAUCAGCAGGCGGAGCCUCGAGCCUUUCACAGAUAUGCGGGGGCGGGGCCUGGGGAGUGGCCCGGGGAAGCGGCGAUCGACGGCGGCGGUGGCGGCGGCAGCAGCAAGCGGAAGCUGCCCUCCCCGGAGGGGGACGUCCAGCAGCCGUCGCUGCCCCAGCCCGGCCGCGAAGCGGACGAGGACCCCCGCGUCCCGAGGCGCGGCAGCCCCCCGGCUGGGGGCCGGGGCCGGGGCGAGAGCGCGCGCGCCCUGCAGAAGGCCGAGAGCGCCGUUUUCGAGGAGAGGGCGGAGCGCUGCGGCCCCCUGAGGGAGACACGGUCCUCGCACGAGCUCUACGAGGCCGAGGGCGUGCCGAGGAACAGGCCCGCCUCCUCAGAGCUGCCAGAGGCCAGUGUCUCGGCGAGCGAGGCGGCGGUGAGGAGCGUCCCUCUCUCUCAGGCUCCCCGUGCGCUCUCUCCUCUCCGGCUGAGCGGGGACGACGACCUCGUCCUCCUCGACCAGCACAGCCCCCCAGAGCCCGACGACCCGGACGACACCAUGUCCGCGCGCCAGAUGUCCAUCAAAGAGAGGCUGGCUCUGCUGAGGAAGAGCGGCGAGGAAGACUGGAGGAACCGCAUCAAUAAGAAGCCGGAGGUGGCGAAGGAGGGGGUGGCCGAACUCCGCGCACAGCUGUGGGACGUGGAGCAGAGCUUCAAGAAGAAGGAGGAAACGAUGAUAAUUGACGAUCAUCAGUGGGAGCCCGUUUAUGCUUCAACCUACUCCCCUCCUCCAGUGUCUGCUGGGAAUAUAUGUCAAUAUAUUGAUCCUUAUAACCAGGCCAGUUCCCUCAGUGCUAGCGAGUGCUGCCCCCUGCAGGUGGAUGAGCGUCACCCGUGGAGACUGAAGAGGAUAGGAGAGGACCUCGAAGCUCAGAUGACCAUCGAGGAGAGGAAGAAGCUGAUCUCCGCCCGGGAGGACGCCUGGAAGAGCCGGGGCAGGGGGGCGGCCAACGACUCCACCCAGUUCACGGUGGCCGCCCGAAUGGUGAAGAAAGGUCUCGCGGCUCCUUCUGCUAUCUGCCCCGUGCUCUCCCCUGUGUCCUCCAAAACCAAGACCAGCACGCCAGCAGUCUCCAAGCCUCAAGAAGAAAUUGAAGCCAGGCCAGAUAUGAAUCUGGAGUCUGACAGGAAGCUCGAUAAGCUGGAGUCCUUCUUGGGAAAGAUUAAUAGUAAAGUGUCUGGUGUGCAGGACGCCACUGUGACGGUGACGGAAAAGACCGUCAAGGAGGUGAUGAAGCUGGACGACGAGAUCUUCUCCAAAUUCUACAGCCAGGUGGACGACUUGCCGCACCUUUCCAGCAAGAUCGAGAUCGAUGACGACUUUGAUGCCAUCUUCGGUUCCCAGACGCCCAAGCUGCCCUCGGCCGGGGUGCAGCACAAGCUGGCGGUGCGGCCGGCCCGGAACGUUCAGUGCUCCAGGAACCCCCUGAAGAUGCUGGCGGCCCGGGAGGAUAUCCGCCACGAGUACACGGAGCAGCGGCUGAACGUGGGCCUGCUGGAGUCCAAGAGGAUGAAGGCAGAGAAGAUGAGUAAGAACUCUGGCUACUCCCAGGUGGCCCUGGCUGGCCUGGCCAGUAAGGAGAACUUCAGCAGUGUCAGCCUGCGCAGCGUCAACGUCUCAGAGCAGACGUCCAACAACAGCGCGGUGCCCUACAAGAAGCUGAUGCUCAUGCAGGUCAAAGGCCGACGCCAUGUCCAGACCAGGCUAGUGGAGCCCCGAGCCUCGUCCCUGAACAGCGGAGACUGCUUCCUCCUGGUCACGCCCCACUACUGCUUCAUCUGGGUUGGAGAGUUUGCCAACGUCAUAGAGAAAGCUAAAGCCUCUGAGCUGGCCACCUUCAUUCAGACCAAGCGGGACCUGGGCUGCAGAGCCAACUACGUGCAGAUCAUUGAGGAAGGGAUCAACACACACAGUCACGCAGCCAAAGACUUCUGGAAGAUUCUCGGCGGGCAGACCAGCUACCAGUCCGCCGGAACGCCCGACGAGGACGAGCUGUACGAGAGCGCCAUCGUGGAGACCAACUGCAUCUACCGGCUCGUGGAGGACAAGCUCGUCCCUGACGACGACUUUUGGGGGAAGGUCCCCCGUUGCACCCUUCUCAACUCCGGAGAGGUGCUGGUGUUUGACUUUGGCAGCGAGGUGUAUGUGUGGCACGGGAAAGAGGUGACGUUGGCCCAGAGGAAGGUGGCCUUCCAGCUGGCCAAGCACCUGUGGAACGGCACCUUCGACUACACCAACUGUGACAUCAACCCGCUGGACCCGGGAGAGUGCAAUUCUCUCAUACCCAGGAAAGGUCACGGUCGUCCGGACUGGGCGGUGUUCGGCCGGCUGACAGAGCACAACGAGACCACCCUGUUCAAAGAGAAGUUUUUGGACUGGACGGAGGCGAAGAAGUCUCCUCCGAAGAACGGCACCGAGCACGUGUCCGAGCUCAGGGAGCAGAUGCAGGGUAAUGAGAACCGCCCGUACGACGCCACGCUGAUGAUCCCCCUGCUGCAGAAGGCGGUGAACACCGUGCUGGACGGCGUGGACGUGGGGCGGGGCUACGGGCUGGUGGAGGGCGACGAGUGCCGGCGCUUUGAGAUCAGCACGCUCUCGGUGGACGUCUGGCACAUCCUGGAGUUCGACUACAGCCGCCUGCCCCGGCAGAGCAUCGGCCAGUUCCACGAGGGCGACACGUACGUGGUGAAGUGGAAGCACAUGGUGAGCACCGCAGUGGGGAAGAGGCAGAACCCGGAGCAGCUGCGGAGUACGGGUGCAGGGAAGGAGAAGUGUGCCUAUUUCUUCUGGCAGGGCCGUAACUCCACAGUGAGCGAGAAGGGCACAUCAGCACUGAUGACUGUGGAGCUGGAUGAGGAGAGAGGGGCUCAGGUCCAGGUGCAGCAGGGAAAGGAACCCCCAUGCUUCCUGCAGUGCUUUAAUGGAGGCAUGAUUGUGCACUCAGGAAAGAGAGAGGAGGAAGAAGAGAACGCUCAAAACGACUGGCGGCUGUACUGCGUGCGAGGGGAGGUCCCGGUGGAGGGCCACCUGCUGGAGGUGCCGUGUCACUGCAGCAGCCUGCGCUCCCGGGCGUCCAUGAUCGCCCUCAACGUGAACAAGGCCAUCAUUUACCUGUGGCAGGGCUGCAAGUCGCAGGCACACACUCGCAGCGUGGGCCGAACCGCAGCCAACAAGAUCAAAGAGCAGUGUCCCCUGGAGACAGGGUUACACAGCAGCAGCCGGGUCACCAUUCACGAGUGUGAUGAAGGAGCAGAGCCUGCGGGCUUCUGGGAAGCUCUGGGCAGGAGGGACCGGAAGGCCUACGACUGCAUGCUACAGGACCCAGGGAAAUUCAACUUCACACCACGGCUCUUUCAGUUGAGCAGCUCCUCGGGGGAGUUUGUUGCCACAGAGUUCUUCUACCCCUCCAGAGUGCCUGAGCUAGUCACCUCAUUGCCCUUCCUCCAGGAGGACCUGUACACCGCAUCCCAGCCAGCGCUGUUCCUGGUGGACAACCACCAUGAGGUCUACCUGUGGCAGGGCUGGUGGCCCCAGGACAGUGAGAGCACGGGCUCCGCCCGCAUUCGCUGGGAUGGAGACAGGAAGUGCGCCAUGGAGACAGUGCUACAGUACUGCCAAGAGAAAAAUGAGAAGAAGCCGCCAAAGUCGUACCUGAUCCACGCGGGCCUGGAGCCGCUCACCUUCACCAACAUGUUCCCCAACUGGGAACACCGCGAGGACAUAGCAGAGAUCACAGAGAAGGAAGCGGAGGUGUGCAACCAGAUCAUCCUGGUGGAGGACGUGCUGGCCCGGCUGUGCAAGGCCACGUACCCGCUACCCGACCUGCUGGCCCGGCCGCUGCCUGAGGGCGUCGAUCCCCUUCGCCUGGAGAUCUACCUGUCUGAUGAGGACUUUGAGGGUGUAGGGGCUUCUGGGAAGAAGGCGCUGGAGAUGACGAGGGACGAGUAUGAGGCCCUCCCCGGGUGGAAGCAGGUGAACGUGAAGAAGGCCAAAGGACUGUUUUAGAGGAGGGAGCUCUGACCCGACGGCAGCAGCCGGUGUGCCGUGGGCCUGGACCUGCCACUGAGAUCACUUUAAACCCCCAAAUCCGCACAUGCACACACACACCCUCACACGCACAUGCACACACACACACACACUCACACACACACACACACACACGCGCACACGCAUUCUUGCAAACGCACAUACACACACGUGCACACUCAUUCUUGCACACGUGCACACACACACAUACACACAAACACACUCAUUCUUGCACACACACACACACACACACACCCAUUCGCCCGACCCCCCCACCGAAGAUUGGACUCUCCCAAAUGGUUCCCAGGAGCGAGAGAGGAAGGGGGGGAAAGUAUUUUGAGGAUGUGGAGGUUUGCCAGCCUCUUGUAGCAUUUUUCCUUCUCUCUCCGUUUCUUUUUUGUAUUGCGUUCUUGUCGUUUGGUAACCGUUUGGGAGAGCCGUGAGUAUUUCUGGAGUGGGAGGAGCCUGCGAUUGGUGCACUCCUUAACAUGCACUUAUUAGUUCAGUACCAAGCCCCACACAGCCCUCCCUCACACAACCCUCCCCCACACAGCCCCCCCCCCCCCCACACAGCCCUCCCCUUGACUGACCUCCAGCCGCGUACUUGUAUGCUCGCUUCUAUAGCACGCUCUUUCUGAGGUUAUUUUGUGUGUGUUCGUGUGUCAUAAAUAAUUUUUAUUUAAAUAAACGCCCUAUUGGAAAAUGUAGUAUUCUGUGGAGGUUAAAAAAAAACAGAAAGAACAGCAAAAAAGAAACUGUUCACUUUGACGGGGGUUGUGUCAAAUGUUGAUUAGUGGGCAAAAAAAUAGCUCUGUUGUCGAAUGAAGCUCUCCAUGCCACUUACAGUAAGAACUGUGUCAUGCAUUCUGAAUUUCCUGUGGUAACCAUCAUCUCCUGCUAUCUUCUGGGUGUUGAUGUCAAAGCACAUGUAAAUGGCAUGGAUUUUCUGAACAAUUAUUUCUCUGCAAAUUCAAAAGAAACAUGUAUAGUGCCUUGCUUUUGUGUACAGUUUAUAUACAGAAUGAUGAUAGUCUGCAUUUUGAAGACUUUUUUUGUGAUAAAUAUUGAAAAUAAACACUGAACGUUGUAAAUCUCGA